AUGGUGACAGGGAUCCAUGGAGCAAAUUUAGCUCUAGACAGAAGGGAAUUAUGGCAAGAAUUAGAACUAAUGAGUACUUAUAAUCUUCCAUGGCUUGUCAUUGGUGAUUUUAAUAUGAUUCUUAGUGUUGAUGAGAAGAAAGGUGGCAGGAGUCCUAUUAAAACUUCAAUGCUAGAGUUCAAUCAUUGUCUUCAAUCAUGUGGAUUAAUAAAUGCUCCUAAAUCAGGUUUGUCUUUCUCUUGGUGCAACAAUAGAGCAGGAGUAAAAAGGAUUCUUUGCAAUUUAGAUAGAGUAGUGUAUAAUGAUAAAUGGAUGGAGAUCUAUCCAAAUUGGGAAUAUAAAGUGGGGACCAGAGGAGCAUCUGAUCAUAGUCCUCUGUGUGGAGCUCACAAUUCAAUUCCAAAACCCCAAAAUGCACCAUUCAGAGCUUUAAAGGUUGGGUUAACACAUAAAUAUUUCUUGAAGAUUGUCAGUGAUGAGUGGAAUAAAGAAAUAUCUGGUACUCCUAUUUUCAUAUUCAUGCAUAAAUUUAAAAAUCUGAAGACAAUUCUAAAGAAGUGGAACUGGGAUGUAUUUGGAGAUGUAAAUGCUAAGCUCAUUCAGGCUGACAAGGAUGUCUUACAAGAAACUUUAGCAUCAGAUAAUAAUCCAGAAGAUAUUAAGCUCUUAAAUAAUCUAGUUACUGCCAGAGGGGUCCAAGAAAUUUUAACAAGCCAAUAUAAUGCAAUCCUAUCACAGAAAGCAAGAACUAAAUGGUUGAAAGAAGGAGCAGCAAAUACAAAUUUUUUUCACACAACCAUGAAGAUAAGGUAA